UUCCAUGGUUACAGUGAUUUACCAUGGUGAGGUUUUACGGUGUAUAACGCUUCAAACCGAACACAAAAUUAACACUGUAGCCUAUGGGAAAUGGCGUCGUCUGCAUUUGUUUGUCCGACCCGGAGGCGAUCUGCGCGAGGGAGAUAUCACGUGAUAAAAUCAGCCUGACUGAUUGGUCAAGCGUGUCUGCGGUGGAUCGGUGUAUUCGUCGUCAUCUGUUCAAUUAAUAAAGUGACUUAAAAUUACAUUCAUUUAAUUUCUCUAACGACAUAAUAGUGUCUGUCAUUUACACUGACACAAAUCCGAGACGAGCAGCGUCUGCAGUGUCACAGAUGGCUGACAUGGAGGAGAUAGUGGAAAUGGGACUAUUGGAACCCUGUGUGGAAACCAGUCAUGCUUCACCAAACAGGGAAGUUUUCAGUCGGAAAAUUGAAUAUAUGUUAGCUCUGAUUGGCAAUACUAUCGGGCUAGGGAACGUCUGGAGAUUUCCAUACCUAUGUAUGAGGAAUGGCGGAGGUGCGUUCCUCGUCCCUUUUGUGAUAUUUAUGGUGAUAUGCGGAAUGCCUUUGUACUACCUGGAACUUUCUCUUGCACAGUUCGCCGGGAAAAGCACACUUGUUGUCUGGGAAAUUUGUCCCCUUUUCAGAGGCCUGGGGUUCUCCAUGUGCUGUAUUUCCUUCGUGUGCACCUGGUAUUCCGGUCUGAUCAUGGCGUGGACUCUUUGUUAUCUUUUCUACUCCUUCUUUCCCACACUGCCGUGGUCCACGUGCGACAAUUCCUGGAAUACGGACAUGUGCGUGACACUAAGGACCAAGAUUGUGACGUCCAACAACAUCACAACCCUUGACAACAUGACGUAUUUUGAUAACAACACGUCAAUGACGGCAUCAGAAACGCUCACAGAUAUCGGCUUCUACCCAACGGCUGCAAAUGAGUUCUGGAGAUACCAGAUACUGCACGCAUCUAGCGGGUUGGACGACGUGGGCACACCACAGUGGCAUAUUGUUCUGGCGCUCUUUCUCAGCUUCUUCAUUACCUUCCUGUGUAUUGUGAAGGGUGUCAGGUCUGUUGGAAAGGUGGUGUACGUGUCCGCCGCCCUGCCAUACCUACUGCUGACAGUUAUUCUCAUUCGAAGUCUCACCCUGGAAGGUUCACUGGAUGGAAUAAUGUAUUUUAUAGAACCAGAUUUCAAAAAACUCGGGAACUUUCAGGUGUGGUUUGAGGCCGCUGUGCAGGCCUUCUUCUCUCUAGGCCCGGCAUGGGGAGGUGUUCUCACAAUGGCCAGCUUUAGUGACUUUAAAAACAAGACUCUUAAUGACACUGUGGUCGUGCUCGUGGUCGACAUACUUACGGCAUUCUUCUGCGGAUUUGUUGUUUUCUCCAUCGUCGGCUUCCUGGCAAGGGAAGCCAAUCUGACCAUUACUGAAGUGGCCGAAUCAGGUCCAGGGCUGGUAUUUAUGGCCUACCCAGAAGCCUUAGCGAGACUUCCGUUACCACAAUUGUGGUCUGUAUUGUUCUUCAUCAUGGUGUUUAACGUCGGACUGGAUACAGAGUUUGCUAUGGUGGAGACAAUAACAAGUGGACUAAAAGACAUGUACCCGAGGAGUCUUGGAGACCGGAAACACAAUGUACAUGUACUUCUGGCCGCGUUUUCAGUUUACUUUGUCACAAGUAUCAUUCUUGCUACACAGGCUGGUGUCUACAUCUUUCAGUUAAUUGACUGGUACGCGUCUGUCUUUUGCAUCUUCUUUUUUUCCCUCCUGGAGUGUAUCGGAAUAGGAUGGAUAUAUGGUGCUGAACGAUUCAGUCAUGAUGUCAAGAUAAUGACAGGUUAUUCAGUCCCCGUGAUAAUCCGGAUUUCGUGGUGUUUAGUCACACCUGUCAUCAUGAUUGUUCUGAUCAUAGUGAGCUUCAUGAAAUACGAGGAGCCGACAUACAAAGGUUAUGUGUACCCGUCGUAUACCAGUAUACUAGGUACCUUCAUCUGUCUGGCUGCUGUAAUCCCAAUACCUGUCAUCACGUGUCUCGACAUUAUCAGAACACCUGGCUCCCUAAAACAGAGAAUAAAAAUAUUGCUGCAGCCACCAGCAGCCUGGGGUCCAAAAGAUGAGAAGGCGAGACAAACCUACAAGAUGUUCGAAUACUGCGGUAGCGUGUAUCAGAACAUUAAGACAAAUAUGUUUGGAUCGCGAUGAUUAUAUUUUGAGUUUAACGACACAUUCUUUAUAAUCAUUAGUUUUGGAUCCAGGAUAGAUAAAAAAGAUGUGUACUUUGCUUAAGUCUUGCUUUUCGUUAACUUUUUAUGCGAUUUGAUGAACCAAAACCCGUUUGAGAAUAGCAUUUAUCAUAACACUAAGACAAAUAUAUUUGGAUCGCGAUGAUUACAUAAUUUGAGUUUAACGAUACAUUGUUUAUGAUCAUCAGUUUUUCAUCUAGAGUGUGUACUCUGCUUUAGCCUUGCUAAUAAAUAACUUUGAAUCGACUCUUAUCAGCCAAAUCCAUUUAAGAAUAAUUUGUACAACAUAUUUGAAAAACAUAUCCUUACCAUAAUACUCGUAAAUAAAUAACAUUUUAUAUAUUAUACUUGUUCAUUUUUAACAAAUAAGUUCUUUUUCUUAUUGCUUAAUAAAAACAACUGAGGUUAUUCUAUAAGACGUUGGAGUUUAUUAUAAAAGUGUAAACAAAGUUAUAAGCUGUAACAUAGCUAAAGUAAAAAACAAAUGAAUGUUGGAGUGGGAACAAAUAUGUGAUGCCAACUCGAAAUCGAUCAAACAUGGACAAAUAUCAAUAAAGGAAAUAUUUAAAUGGACGUCAUUGAAGUAAAAACCCAGUAGAAUAAGACCUGUUGUUUAGGUGUUCCAUCAACGACGUUCGCUGGCAAAUGUAGGGCAAAUGUCACGUCCUCAACUUUAAGGUACCUAUUUCAGAUGUAUUGUUCUUGAUGCACCCAUGGAAACAGUCUGACAUAUAUAAUAUUGUUUCUUUCAUUAUAUUAAGAUU